AAACAUGAGUAUGUUAGUCAGUGGAUUCCUCACAUUCAAACUCGAGCCGGUUCAAAUAGCACCUGGGCGAGUUCAACAGGUAUGGCGGGGUGAAAGGAAGGAGGGAAAAGGGACAAAGAAAAACAUGCAGAAGAGGUGGAGACACGUUGCUUACGUCAGCAUAUGAUGAAAACCAUACUGAAAGGACCGAGAAACUCAGAAGGGACUGGACUGCACACCUUUCAUGUUGCUUUGUUGGAUGCACACCUAAACUGGAAUAUGUGCUUCUGGAGACAGGCGAACUUCAGAGGCACAUGAACAUCUGGCUUUAACUGCUCUUCAGCUCAUAGGUUUCUCAACACAUCAAUUUUAGUAAUCUGCUCCCGCAAGCCUCUACAUAAUGAGUGACGGCAAAAAAGAGCCCAAUGUCAAGCCAAAGCUUGACAGCAAGGGUAGCUUCAACCUGGGAGCUUCAGAGCAACGCCAGAAGCCUCUUAGAAGAAGCCGCAGCAAUGAUACAGAAAACCGGCGUCGACAAAAUAGCCGAAGUAGAGAACGGGAACGCAAAGAGAGUGGAAGGCAACCUCGGGGUCGCAGCGAGGAGGGAAGGAGACGAAACCGUGUCUCCGAAACUGGUCACCACAAAACCGAGCAACCCAGAGAUGACCUGCAAGACACGGAGUGCAUCGUGUGCUUCUGCAGCUUCGACAAUGUCUUCAAAGCUCCCAAGUUGCUCUCCUGUGGACACACUUUCUGCUUAGAGUGCCUGGCACGGAUCAACGUGAAUUCUCCUGAGCUCAAGACGCUGUCUUGUCCGAUCUGUCGGGAGCUGACGGAAAUCAGACACGGACGAGAUCUACCGCAGUUGGGAAAUAACGAAGACAUCUUCCGCAAGCUUCCGGCUGAGAUGCAACGGGCGCUUUCCGUCCGAUUUAAACGCAGCAAGGGCAAACUCAUUCUCAAGAAUCCGCCACCAAACAGCUCCCUUAGGACCACCUUAAAUCUACCGGUGUUGAAGAAAAAACAAGAGCAGGCAGGUAACGCACUUGGAGUCAUGGAGGAAGGUCUCGGCCAGGCCACUAUGAUCGACGUGGGAAGGCCGCCGAGCAGGAUGAGGGGUCGCAUGAGAAGGAUAAUGUAUUCCAAUCAGUGCUAUUAUGCUGUUGUUAUAGCCAUCAUCACAAUCACUGUGGCUUUAAUGCUGGUGGGCAUCUUCACCUUUGUGGUGAUGCCCUAUAUGAACAGACCAUUUAGACCAUUCCCGAACCAAACUUCUCCAGAUACAUUGCCGUGAGAGAUGAGGAAGCUGACAGUGCUUAAACAAAGCAAAACAACCAAUUCUUGGUGGGGCCUGCUGCACUGAAAACAACACUGCAUUUUUUUGGUUUUGUGUUGGAUGCUUCAGACAGGCUCGAUAGGAAUGAACUGGAAAAACUUGAAUGUAUGAUGCACUGAAGUCCAUUAAGCACAGACAUAUUUGUACACAAAUGGAGACAUUGUUGUGCAAAGGUCUUUAAGAACAAGAGGCAACGAUGACGUCUAUUUUGACCAGUGAUGAACUGUAUUAAAAAACAAAAAAAUAUAAAUCAAUUCUUUUUUUUCGUAAAGGGCUGGAUAAUGUUAAAUAAUGAUAUUUGUACUAUACAAUAUUACUAUGCCAUUUGAUUUCAUGAAGAAUUAUGUAUUUUCAUGUAUUUCUUAUCUAUUUGGUUUGUGGUAUUGACACUGAAGAACAAAAAUGUGACAUCUCGCCAAUGCAAAUCACCUCAGUCUAAAUAUGCAUGGCAACACUAAUGUAAACUCAUAAGGCUGUUCUUUCUAAUGCUAGAAAGACAUGUAUUAGAAAUAGAUACUUCUUUGGCAUACAUUGCACAUAAUGUAAAUAAUAUACUCUGAUAUAUGUAUAAUUAUACCGUAUGUUCAUAUAUUUUUAUAUAAUUCUUUUGCACAAAUGGGAAGAGGCCAAAGUGAAAAUAAUAAACGGUUAAGACCA